AACGAGGAGAAGAAGAAGACACAACCGGAAGUAGCCGAUUUAGUAGCCGAGAUCGUUAGCCAGCAUCCUAGCUAACAAAAUCUUCACUCAUUAAAAGAUUAAAUUCAUAUCUUAAGAACUUUAGAGAAGAACCAUGAUUAAAGCUAUCUUGAUAUUUAACAACCACGGGAAGCCGCGGCUGAUCAGAUUCUAUCAGUAUUUUGCGGAGGACAUGCAGCAGCAAAUUAUUCGGGAGACCUUCCAUUUGGUAUCCAAAAGAGACGACAACGUUUGCAACUUCUUGGAGGGUGGGAGUCUCAUCGGUGGCUCGGACUACAAGCUGAUCUACCGACACUACGCGACCCUCUACUUCGUCUUUUGCGUGGACUCGUCGGAGAGUGAGCUCGGCAUCCUGGACCUGAUCCAGGUGUUUGUGGAAACACUGGAUAAAUGCUUUGAAAACGUCUGUGAGCUGGAUCUCAUCUUCCACAUGGACAAGGUCCAUUACAUCCUGCAGGAGGUGGUGAUGGGCGGGAUGGUGCUGGAGACCAACAUGAAUGAAAUCGUGGCCCAGGUGGAGCUGCAGACCCGCAUGGAGAAGUCAGAGGGAGGUCUGUCGGCUGCACCUGCUCGCGCCGUCUCCGCCGUCAAGAACAUGAACCUGCCCGAGAUUCCCCGCAACAUCAACAUCGGAGACAUCAAUAUCAAAGUGCCGAGCCUCUCCCCGUUCUGAACCGAGCGCUCCAGCUGAGCUCUGCAGGGCCGAUGUCCUCCUCCUGACGGAGCUCCACCUCCACCCAGAAACAAAAAAACAAACUGUUUUUAUAUAAAUGUAUCAUGGAACCACAGCAGCUUCAUCUCCCUCUUCCUCCAGAUGAAGAAUUUAAACAAUAAUGUCAUUUAGAUUCUAGCAUCUAGAGCAACAUAAACAUGUGUCUACCUUCUGCUGUACGCUCUGUGUUGAUCCCCCUCCACUGUCUCCUGAUGAAAAAUGACCUGUGUUGGACUUUUUGUGUAUAUCCUGGCCAACUCUUCCAAACCCUCACCGGUCCUCCUGACUCAAACGUUCCCCUCCCAGCUGCCUGACGCAGAACACUUCUCUGUAAUAAAAUCCUCUGGCUUCUGUGUUGGUCUCUGUAAUCACUCCAACACAUCUUCAUCUCCUUCUUCCAAGAGUGUGUGGUGAAACACUCCGGGAUCGGACUCCUCUGCUCAGCUCUUGUCACACUUUUAUUUUUCCUUCCUUGUGAUUUGUGAAUAACAUGAUUGUCCUCCUGGGUGCUCAUCGAAUGUGAACGCCAAGUUUGAGAGAGUUAGGAUAUCGCCAACAUCUGUUCAGAGAAACAGCCGACGACUUCUUCUUCUAUGGAUAUUCAAGUGUUUGUAUAAAGUGUGUGUGUGUCUUAUUGGCAGAAUCUCUGUGUUACAAACAUUCCUGUAUUAAAGAAAGCAGAAUAUAAA